GAUGUAGCUGACACAUUCGUUCAAUCUUCAAGCUUCAUAAUACCCUAAAAGCACCAAAAAGACGUCUCUUUUUCCUGCAACGUUUGCAUUCUAAUCCGCAGUAGUUCCACCACACAAAAACCGGUUCAUUCACCGAAAGAACCAACAUCACGCGAUGUCGAAAAAGUACGAUGACGUCGAAGCUGGCGCGAUAAGUUCAGUCGUCGGUAGUGGGGUUCCCACCUGCGCUGCUGCCGUCGGAGGCGUAACCGAUACCGUGCCGAAGGGUGACCACAAUGCCGCACUUGUUGAGCAGCGAAAGCGAUCGCGCUGCCUCUCUUGUGAAACUGCCGAAACACCAACGGAAUGCAUCUCGCACACCGGCAGCAACAUCUUUCUUGGAAAGCAGGAACAAAAAAGACUCUCUUGCUCUCCUGCAGUCGAAGCAUCAGAAUUGGAGGACGAAAGCGCCGGCAGUGGUCGAGUGAGUGAAGUGAAAUGCGGCGCGAUGGAGUCGCACAGCGCGAACUUAGACGACCGCGAAGAUGAACAGUACCGGCCUCGAAGCAGCACCGUCCCUUUCUCUGGUGUAGGCGCCAUAAGUCCUGCUGCAUCUGUAAAGAAAGAUCGAGGCCCAACUGGCGCCUCACGUCUUGUCACCUUGUACGUACCGACUUUUUUUACCACAGCUGCAGGACGGCCUAUCUGCUUGAGAGAGAGGCGGGUUCUUGACGCUGCGUCCCCGUACUGGAAGCUGCUGAGGUUUUCGCCUGAACGCGAUGCGGCGUUGGUGUCUGUACCGUCGGAAAGCAGCGAGUGGACAGCCAGGGAUGAAAGCCCUGAGGCAGAUACGCGUUUGUCUCCGUUGCCUGGUAACACGGCAGAAUGCGCUGAGUUGCAUUCCGCCACUCAACAGAGCUCAGGGAUGGGAAACACACCGUCGAACUCUUCCCACUUAGGCGCAGAGUGGUUUCAACCUCGAUCUCCUCGAGCGCACUCGUGCCCAGAGCGUUGCUAUUCUGCACCGGUGAAUAAAGCGGAUGAGAAGGCUGUCUACACUCUCCCGGCCUUCACCGGCUUUUGUGCGGCGGACGGGCGACCAUUCUUCGCUCCCUGCGCGCAUUCUCCCUGCUGUCUUGUACACUUGAGUGGUUCUGACGGUCAUGGGCCGUAGGAAUGACAAUAGUAUCUUUUCUUUUGUUUCCCCUGUUUUGCCAGCUGCUAUUGCGUCUGCUCGUAUUUUCCUUCAAGUUAAACCGGAAACGCCACAAACGGAAAGAGAAGCAAAACAAAAUGGUGUCGACUGCUGUUUCAGCUUCGUUGCAACGCGGUCGCCUUUAUGCUAUUAGGAAAAGUGUGCUCUGUGUGUCUUUCAACUCUAGAGCCGUUUUCUGACAUUUCAACUUACCUUUCAGCGCUAUCCCCUUAUUAUCUCUCGCUUAGUUUCAUUGUUGCACAUUGGCUAAACAGGGUUGCCAUCAGUUUGUAAUACUCAAGCCCUUCUUAAUGCAGACAAUGUCUCUGACUUCCAAGCCGCAGGCGUCGCAGCCUUCCGCGUUCCGUCACGCGAGCUCAUCGACGGCACAGAAGCACGAUGCUCACAAUGAAGACGAGCUGCGUGCCACACUGCAGGAAGUACUCACAGAUUUCGUCACGGACACCAUGUGCGAUAGACCAGAGGAUAUCCUCCAAUACAUGGUGGAGUGGGUUCGCAAACAGCAGGCGGAGAAGAAAAAGGAGUCCACUUCGCUGUCGCCUUUGCCACCACCACGCGUAUCGAAUUCGACGCGACCUGCCCCACGAGGCGCCUCUAUCGAGUCUGUGCAUCACCUUGCGUCGCCUGAAACAACCGAGCACGUUGAAGUUAUCGAUAACGCUGCAGAUCAAAUCAUGUCUCUCGCACAGCACAGGCAACAGCAUCUGUGUAACAAGGCAGAGGGGUGCAAGGAUCAUUACCUGAUGGCUCUGGAAGACAGCGACGGCGACAUCUUCCAUAUUAACGCACUGAGAAAGACGAUGGAUGCGUCACGUAAGGCAGUGCUGGAUGCCCAGGCAGACACCGCCGCUGUUGCGGCAGAGUUGAGGAAAAUUGAGGAGAACGAGGACUCCGAGGAGGCUAAAGCACAGAAGCGGACAGAGCUGUUGCAUGCGUACGAACACCAGUGGGAGAAAGAACUACCGAAGGGGCAUCUCAACUAA